GGGCAUAUGACGAUAUGCAUGGCAGCUCAUUUCCUUGUCAAGCUCAUUUUGACAAAGUCGAGAAUUUCAGCUCUGAAUCAAGAUAAGACGAGAAAAAAAGAAUGAAGAAGACAUUUGUAUGUGAUGAAUCAAUGAUCAUCACCAUUCCCAUCGGGAGUCUGAGGGACGCUGGAGAGGGUCAACUGAUGCCGGAUAAAUUUCAGUGUGUGUACAGAGAUUCCUACAAGGUCUUUGCUAUCAAAGGGAAACCUAAACCUCUUGGAGCAGCCCAAGCCAUCGCUGGUGUGUUCAUUCUCACGCUCAGCUUGGUUUUUACUGAGACAGGCGACUCCACCAGGAUCUACACUCUACCCAGUGUUCUGUUUGUGGUCUGUGGCAUCCUGUCCUAUGCAGCUGGACAGUCUCCAAACAUGCACGUGACAAAGCUGUCGUUCACUGUGAACAUCAUCAGCUUCUUCUGGUCCGUUGCAGCAGUUAUUAUCUGCGCGAUGUUUCUUGGUCCACAACAAAACAGCACAAACAAUAAAAAGCUCUUCGAAGGAAUCCAGGGACUGAUUUUGACUCUGCUGGUUAUUGAAAAGUUAAUCGCUCUUCCUUGAUCUACUGGUUGAGUAAAGCUGUAUGCAGACAACAUUUCAACUCUUUGCCCAUCAUACUGCUGAAACAAGGAGACUGAGGUUUGAUGGAGCUCAACAAGCCAAAGAGCAACCUCUUAUUCAUGGUACUUUUAAAUCCUUAUUGUAUCAAAAGUGCAAAAGAGGCAAUCAGUGUCAUACAAGCAGUUGAAUGAGUCAGCUCUUGGAUAUAGAUUACCAAUGAUUUUGUUUGUGUACAUCUACCUAUCAUAUUUUGCAAUUUUUAAUCAUUUUACAACAAAUUACUGUUUAAUCCUUAAUCUCAACUCCUGGAAAUUAAGCUAAUAUUCUAAAACUUCUUGUAUUGUAACCAUUGUUUGCUUUUGUUCUGUUCUCUGUGAAUCACACUGUAACUUUGUU